AUGAAAGAGAUAAUAGCAACCGAAAGAGAGGAAGAUGCAGUGGUCGGUGACAUGAUUGUGUUCCCUAAAUUAUUUGGCCUUUGCCUCUCUCAAUUGCCAGAACUCACAAGCUUCUACCAAGGGAAUUGUACUUUAGAGUUUCACUCUUUGCAAAUUUUUGUGAUUGAAAAAUGUCCCAAGAUGCAAACAUUUGUUGGUUCAAGCACAAAAAGGCCAAAAGAAACAAGUGAAGAAGGGUUGGAGGGACAAAUAGAUCAAGAAGGCAACUCUAGCGUCACCAUACAACCAUUUUUCAAUGAAAAGGUUGUACUUCACGCCCUGACGGAUUUGAGUCUUCAGAGACUAGACAACCUGAAAAAGAUAUGGCAAAACGAACUUCCAGUAGAUUGCUUUAAUCAACUGAAUGUUCUAACAGUGCGUGAAUGUAACAAUUUGUUAAAAGUUGUACCAUCCAAAUUACUCCCAAUGCUACACAAUUUGGGCAAGCUUGUUGUAAGAGAAUGUGAUUUAGUGGAAGAGGUCCUGGAACAAGGAGAAGAUUCUUCAGGAAAACUUGUCUUCCCUAAUGUUCACACUCUUGAACUUGUACAUCUACCAAACCUCAAGAGUUUCUACUUGGGAAAUCAUACUUUGGAAUGGCCAUCCUUAACAAAAGUGACGUUGGAAAAUUGUCCCAAGAUGCAGGCCUUCUCUUCAGGGCUCCUAGUCACACCAAAGCUACAUAUCAAUUCAUAG